UCAGAACACCUGCCUAUAUGUAGAUCCACUUCAAUUUUCUGGCAUGAAAAGAGUACGGUUUACACUUGUUCCAAAAGAAGAGUUGGUGUCGGUAUUUUCAUGCCGUAUCCAGAAAGAUCGGGAUCGAAGAGACACCAUGAUUAGGAAGUGGGUUCAGCAAUGCUCUUACCAACUUCGCACUCUUUGGAAGCUUGCUCAGUGCCUUCUUUGUACUGCACUUGCCUCCUCCCUACUGAUCCAGCCACGUAUUUCUUUUCACCCGAUCCUCCCACUUGCAAUGGCAACCUUCUUUGCCUUAUCACCCAAAGCAAAACUUCUGUCCCGGAAAGAAGGUGGGUUCAUCGAAUUGCAGAUUGUUCCCAGUAGACAAAGCACCCCCAACAUUCAGCGAGGUUUGUUAUAUAGCUACUCCUCAGGAGAGAUUCCGCUGACAUGCACCUUCUACGGCAGCCAGCAACGAUGGUACAACCCAUCAGCUCCAGCAGUACCCAAACCCCCCCCGGUGACGAACCCAAACCAGCCCGGAUGAAGAUCCGCCUUCGACGCUGGAAACCCAAGAAAAGCACUCCAAAAGAUGACACCGGAAAAAUCCCCAACCUCAACGAGGAAGUCACAGCCAAAACACCAACCCGCAAGAAUACCAACAAUAGCGAUGCAGAAGAUAGAUCACCCCUACGUCUCAUUUCUCCCCGCGCAACAGACGCCACGCCUGCCACGUCAUCCUCGCGCCGCAAGCACUUCUGGAGCCUAAGGAAGACACCCGUCAGCCCUUCGCCACUCUCUAAACCCUCCGCUUUGGACGGAGUGAAGGAGCAGCCUCAGACUGCUAGUCCGACCCCAGCUCCUCGGAAGGAGAUGACGCCCGCCGAGAUCAGGCAGGCUAUGUCUGUCCCAAUCUUGGUUCCGAGACAGAAAAGUGAGCUUGAGAUCAAUGCUUUGUUGGCGCAGAGUCCGGGGAAGAAGGCGGCCUUGGGAAGUCAUCCCCCUUCUAGACAUGUCGAGGACGUGAGUGAGGGACCACCCAAAGAAGGUGGGAAAAGGAGAGGGGAUAGGUCGACGGAACUUCUGGGCUAG